UAUUCCGGCACUCUCAGAUAAGCUCAACGCUGCGCGCAGGUCCAGAAGCCAGACAUUAUUCGCUUCGCGAAUCUCUGCCGAUAUCUGAGCAACAGGCGGCUCAGCCUGCUCGUUGCCUGGGAGCUUCUCCGCACGCUGAUGCCGCUCUCGUCCCCUGGCGUGGCCAUGCAUUACAAGGAAGAGACGGCGCGCCACAUGUGCCUGCGGGCCGUCGAGCGAGCCAUGGAGGUACCGCUCCUCUCGUGGUACCUGUUCAAGGAGGUGCCGCCUGGCCUGGUGGCCAGGGCCAAGGAGAUGGCUGACUACACGCGCAAGUCCAUCCUGGAGGAAAUCGACUCGUCCACCUGGCUGGACGGCAUGACCAAGCAGGCGGCUAUUAACAAGGUGUACUCCAUGCGGCUGCACGUCGGCUACCCCUCGCACUUCGCCAGCCGCAAGGAGAUCGAGCGCUUCUACGGCUCCUACCCGGACGUCGACGACAGCUUCCUCCAGCCCUGGCAGGAGGCCAUGAAGAAAACCGUCAGAUGGAUGACUGUCGACAACAGCAGCUUCUGGUUCUCGGUGGCCAGCACCAACGCGCUGUACCUGCCGAUGCGCAACCGCAUCGUGGUGCCGGCCACGGUGCUGCGGCUGCCCAUGUUCUCGUCGUCGGCGCCCAAGGCGUUCACUUACGGCGGACUGGGUGCCGUGUUGGGACACGAGAUGACGCACGCGUUCGACCUCGUGGGCAGCACGUGGGACGCCCGGGGCCGCAAGCGGGACUGGUGGACGGCCAGCUCGAGGCAGCUGUACGACGGCCGCCUCGGCUGUCUGCGCCGCUCGCACGGGGCGGUACAGAGCGACGCUGACUCGGAGAACAUGGCCGACUUUGCCGGCUUGGUGUCGUCCUACAACGCCUACGCGAACCUGGGCGACAAGCAGAAGCUCAAGGAGCUGCCUUACGACGCCGAGCAGCUCUUCUUCAUCUCGUCGUGCGUCAAGUGGUGUGCCGCGGAUCGUGCAGGACACUCGAAGCGCUAUGCGCCCUGGCAUGACCGCUGCAACGUGCCGCUCAGGAACAUGGAGGAGUUCGCGGAUGCCUUUCAAUGCGCCCAGGGAUCGGCCAUGCGGCCCGCAGAGCGCUGCGCCUUCUGGUAGACGGCGUCGAUUAAAGCU